UUGAUGAAAUUGAGAUUUGACUUUGUCAGUUACUUACUGCUGUACAAAAUUGUAGUGAAAAGACUGUUUUCUUCAUUCUAUAACAUUGUCAGUUGACAAAGUAAAUUCCAAACUUUAUAUUAUUUCAAGAAUUGUCUGCCCCCACAAUUCCCACUACUGUCUUUUUACUAUACUUUGUAACAAUAAAUCUUCUUGUUUUGUACAGAUACCACCCACCCACCCCUUCAAAGUACCCCUAUUCACAACCCCAUAUCAUCAUUGGUUUCUCAGAUUGUUCUUGGAACUGUGUUAUUACUAGCAACUAAUAAUUAUUUACACAAAGUGGAUAAAUUUGCCUUUUAGGUGGAUUCCACCCACCCACCUGCCUAUUAAAAGGGUCCCUACACCACAACCCCAAAUCAUUAUUGGAUUCUGAGACUCUUCUUGAACUGUGUUUGUUGUGGACUAGUGGUAAUUUACACACAAAAAAGUGGAGAAAUUUCACUAGAAAAAGAAAAUAAAAGUUUGAAGCUUUGUUAUAUUCUUUGUUUGAUCAAGAAAGAAUGGAGUUUUGAUUGGAGAUAAAAGAAUGGAAACUGCUGUGGUUGGCUUGUUUUCAAUGUCUCUUCCUUUAUUUACCUAAUGGUGAAAGGAUUGUAGAAUGUUAAUUGGGUCGACAAAAGGGGAAGACCUUGGACUAUUUUGAAAGUGCGCAAGAGAAUGAGUUGCCUACGUUCGUCUGAACAAAUUAUGAUGGAUGAAAUGGUUCCAUCUCCUGAGUCCCUUGCAACUAAGGAUUACACAUCAAGUGUCCAUUCAUCACGAACUGGAGUAGCUGGACAAACGCCUGAUACUGGCAAUAUUGAAGAAGCCGAAUCAUCUUUGCGUGAGAGUGGUUGUUUGAAUUAUGAGGAAGCAAGAGCAUUACUAGGAAGAUAUGAAUACCAAAAGGGGAAUAUAGAGGCUGCUCUACAUGUUUUUGAAGGGAUAGAUAUUGCCUCAGUGACUCCUAAGCUGAAAAUCUCCCUUGCCGAAAGAGUGCAAACUCAAAAGAGACGUUCAAAGAGUUUUUCUACACCGCCAUUGUCCAUACACGCUGCCAGUUUGCUCCUUGAAGCAGUCUUUCUCAAAGCGAAAUCAUUGCAGGCGCUUCAGAGGUACAAAGAAGCUGCUCAAUCAUGUACAGUACUUGUGGACAUUCUUGAAUCUUCAUUACCAGCAGGCUUGCCUGAAACCUUUGCUCCUACUGACUGUAAAUUGCAGGAGACUCUCAGCAAGGCUGUUGAGCUGCUUCCUGAAUUAUGCAAACUUGCAGAUGCUCCUCGAGAAGCAAUUAUGUCAUACCGCCGAGCUCUUCUGCAUCAUUGGAACCUUGACAUCCAAACUACUGCAAAGAUUCAGAAAGAAUUUGCCAUCUUUCUUCUCUAUAGUGGAGCUGAAUCGUGUCCCCCUAAUCUCCGAUCCCAAAUGGACGGUACUUCAUUUGUCCCCAGAAACAAUAUUGAAGAAGCUAUUCUUCUCUUGAUGAUUUUAUUGAGAAAGAUUUCUCUAGAAAGGAUAGAGUGGGACCCUUCGAUUCUUGACCAUCUCUCGUAUGCAUUAUCUAUCUCAGGGGGUUUAAAGACUUUGGCUAGCAAAGUAGAAGAGUUGCUUCCCAGAACUAUAGAUCGGCAAGAGAUGUAUCUUAUUUUAGCUCUCUGCUAUUAUGGAGGAGAAGAUGAAUUCACUGCAUUGAACUUGUUACGGAAACUGUUGAGUAGUACAGAAGAUAACAUCUGUGUUCCAGGUUUGUUAUUGGCUUCAAAAGUAUGUGCUGAAAACCCAGAUUAUGCAAGCGAGGGGAUAAUUUAUGCUAACAGAGCCAUUGAAAGCCUGCAAGAAAGAUGUAGUCAUUUGCUGGGUGUUGCCAAUUGUGUAUUAGGGCUCUCACUUUCAGCUCAUUCAAGAGCAAUACUGACAGAUUCCGAGAGAGUUAAGAUACAUUCAGAUGCACUUAAGUCCUUUGAAUCUGCUGGAAAGCUGACAAAGAUGAGUGAUGCUAAUGUCAUUUACCAUCUUUGUCUGGAAAAUGCCGAGCACAGGAAGUUGGAUGCCGCAAUCCAUUACGCAAACUGGUUGCUUAAACUGGAAGGUGGUUCUACUCUGAAAGGAUGGAUGCUUUUGGCUCGGGUGUUAUCAGCUCAGAAACGGUUUCUGGAUGCUGAAACUGUAAUUAAUGUUGCCCUAGAACAGAGUGGAAAGUGGGAUCAUGGAGAACUGUUGAGGACCAAAUCUAAGCUGCAACUCGCGCAGGGUCAAAUGAAAAACGCUAUAGAAACAUAUACUCAGCUUCUUGCUAUUCUUCAGGUUCAGAGAAAAAGCUUCAGAUUGGGAGAAGAUCUCAAGUUUGGAGACCAUUGCAGAACAUUGGAGCUGGAAACCUGGCUGGAUCUUGCUUCCAUCUACAUUAAACUAUCACAGUGGCGAGACGCAGAGAAGUGUCUUUUCAAAACUGAGGCCAUUAGUUCAUAUUCAGCUUGUAGAUUAUAUACUGCUGGUUUGCUUAACCAGUCGAAGGGCCUAUAUAAAGCAGCGCUUGGAGACUAUUCCAAUGCUUUGGCUGUUAAUCCAUCCCAUGUACCAAGUCUGGUAUCAAGUGCAGUGGUGCUUAGGAAGAUAGGUAAACGGUCUCCUGCAAUUAUUCGAAGCCUUCUAACAGAAGCACUAAGGGUUGAUCGGAUGAAUGCUUCUGGAUGGUAUAAUCUGGGCCUGCUUUACAAAGAGGAAGGUUUAGGUUCAGCAUCGGAAGCUGCUGAGUGUUUUGAAGCUGCUAUUCUUCUGGAAGAUACUGAACCUGUUGAGCCAUUUAGAUGACUUCCUGCCUGUACAUAAUUUAUUACAGAUUUUCAAGUUGCAAUCUGUGCAUCUAAUGAAUCCAUCUCGAUUCUUGGGAGCUGUGAAUCUGUAGUUCAAUAAGAGUGGGAAGAGUAUCAAUUUUGCUUGUGUUUGA